CCUCCCGCCCGCAUCAUGAAGGUACUCCGGCGGGCUUGGCGGCACCGGGUGGUGCUGGCCCUGAGCGGCCUGGCGUUUUGCAGCACCACGCUGUUGUAUUUGGCGCGCUGUGCAUCCGAGGGCGAGACGCCCGCAGCCGCCGGAGCCGCUCAGCCCCGCGCUAAGGCCUUCCUGGCGGUGCUAGUGGCUAGUGCGCCCCGCGCGGUGGAGCGUCGCAGCGCGGUGCGCAGCACGUGGCUGGCACCGGGUAGGCGCGGCGGCCCCAAGGACGUGUGGGCGCGCUUUGCUGUGGGCACCAGCGGCCUGGGCUCAGAGGAGCGGCGCACGCUGGAGCUCGAGCAAGCACAGCACGGGGACCUGCUGCUGCUGCCCUCCCUGCGCGACGCCUACGAGAACCUCACGGCCAAGGUCCUGGCCAUGUUGACUUGGCUGGACGAGCACGUAGACUUCGAGUUCGUGCUCAAGGCGGAUGACGACACCUUUGCGCGCCUGGACGCCCUGCUGGCGGAGCUACGCGCACGUGAGCCUGCACGCCGCCGUCGCCUCUACUGGGGCUUCUUUUCUGGGCGCGGGCGAGUCAAGCCCGGAGGUCGCUGGCGAGAAGCUGCCUGGCAACUCUGCGACUACUACCUGCCCUAUGCUCUGGGCGGUGGGUACAUCCUGUCUUCGGACCUGGUGCAUUACCUGCGUCUCAGCCGGGAAUACCUGCGUGCAUGGCACAGUGAAGAUGUAUCGCUGGGUGCCUGGCUGGCACCCGUGGAUGUGCAGCGGGAACACGACCCGCGCUUCGACACAGAGUACAAAUCACGGGGCUGCAGCAAUCAGUACCUGGUGACACACAAACAGAGCCCGGAGGACAUGCUGGAGAAGCAACAGAUGCUGCUUCAUGAGGGCCGAUUGUGCAAGCAAGAGGUGCAAUUGCGCCUCUCCUAUGUCUAUGAUUGGUCAGCGCCACCCUCCCAGUGCUGCCAGCGCAAGGAGGGCGUUCCCUGAUGUCAUUGCAUGUGCUAGGGCCUCUCCGGACCCAGGUCAAGCUGCCUGGACAAUCUGGCCAAUUGUCUGGGGUGAGCCUGGUUUAUACAAUUACUGUUGAGGCCUUGGGACCUCAGUUCAUUUACUGAUGGCCAGAGGCAGCUAACAACAUCUAGUCCUAGUCCAUUCCUUGGAGAGUGUGCUUCAUUCGUGGUCUGUGUAAGGCCUGCCCAGGGGGCAUCUUGUAUGGGUUUGUAUGUUGCAUCUGCACCCACACACACACACACACCUCCAGCCAGUGUAAUGCCACCUAUCAGCCGUCUGGGGUGUGAGGGCAGGGGGCCUUCUCCCUUGAUGAGUUUAUAGUACUGCAUUCUGUCCCUACUUGCGCUGUACAGCUCACUGCGCUGUCCGCAGACUGUUGGAUUCAUCUGUGUAUUGCCAUCAAAGUGUUACUUGCCAAAAUUGUCAUUGUUUGGACAAAGUUCCGCUCUGUUGUGUCUCCCAUUUUUAUCCUUUGUCAUGUACAAGUCUGAGAUUUGACUUGAUUUUCAAGUCAGCUAGCUUAGAGAGUAUUUUGUCUCUGAAGAUAGUUUGGUUAAAUGUAAUUCAGUUUGCUUGAAAACUAUUUAUAAAUAUUGUAAAUUUGUGUAGAUAAGAAUUUUAAGUUAAAAGCUUAACUUGUGGUGCACAACUUUAAUCCUAGCACUCGGGAGGCAGAGGCAGGCGGGUCUCUGAGUUCAAGGCCAGCCUGCUCUACAGAGAGAGUUCCAGGACAGCCAGGGCUACACAGAAAAACCCUGUCUCAACCUCCACACCACUCAAAAAAAUAAUUUGAGUAUGUGCAAGUCUUAAUUUUUUUAAGUUUUUAAGAAAAAUACUUUAAUGUCAAAACUUGUAUCUGUGUAUUAAUCUAUUGACACCCUGAGUGGCCAACCAAUUGCUGGGCAUAUUUAAAACAUAGAAAGUUAUUUCAACUGUCCAUUUCUCUUUCAGGUCUCCUAAUAAGUCCCUUUGUUUUUGUUUUUUUCUGAAUAGACCACUUUUAAGGCUUUUCAGAGAGCAUGAGCCUAUGACUUUAAGGCACUCGGCAACUAGGAUGUCCACACAAAGUUUGUCUUUCAAAUAUGUUUGGUUUAUUCACACAAACAUUCCUAACAAUAUGUCAAUAUAUAAGUUAAGCAGAUGUCUCAGCUGGGUAGUGGUGCAUGUGUCUUUAAUCCCAGCACUUAGAAGGAAGAAGCAGGUGGAUCUCUGGAAGUUCAAGGCCAAUUUGGUCUGCCUAUUGAGGAAACCUGUCUCAAAAAAGAAAAGAAAAAGAAAAACCCAGACGUCUCACCAAGCUGGGACCAGUUGUUUGGGUAGAAAUGCUGCUGCAGGUUCCACUGAGGAAAAGCGUGCGUGCUUGACUGCUGCCCACUGUGCCGUCCCGUCCUUCAGUUGUGGUAGACUGAGAGGAUGGCACCAGUCAAAGUCCAGGAGAUCCUUGAGAGCGUAGGCCGAUGGCCAGCACUAACAGGCAGGCUUGAGGGGCCAAGCAUCAGUGGUCACUGAGGCCAGGAACACAAAGAGAAUCUCGAGUCCUCUUGGUGUCAACACAAACUAUAGAAGCCUUGUCACAGGAACAGUGCGAUCCUAGAGACCGUUUCCAGACUUCUGAUUUGUGUAUCAUUUCACUGGGUAGCCACUUUGGACUAAGGGGUCAUUGGCAUGCCAUCCCCACCUUGGGGUUAGCUUAUUAGCAUAUCACGACCUGUCCUGAAUUAGGCUUGUAUGUCGGCUGUCGGGGGGCUUGCUUCUGAGGCCUGGCUCUUAGCAAAGCUAUCUGGUGGCAAACUCAAACAUAUUAUUUCAAGCUCCUAUCUUUAUAGUAUGGGAUCAAGUUUUGUGGCCUGUAAGGGUCAGAUUAGGAGGCCUAAUACACUUUCUGUAGGCUCCUGAAGAAGGGAUGAGCUGGCCUGUCUAGACAUUGUUCUUACAUCGAGUCUGUGAGAUGCAAUGGGGCUUAAAGGGGUCAUGCCCUCUGUGGCAGCAUGAAUAAGAAUGACCCACAUAGGUCCACAGGGAGUGGCACUAUGAGGAGGCGUGGCCUUGUUGGAGAAGGUAUGGCUUUGUUGGAGGAGGUGUGUCACUGGGGGGAGGACUUUGAGACUUCAGGAGCUCAAGCCAGUUCACUUCCUGCUGCCUGCAGAUCAAGAUGUAGAACUCAGCUACCUCUCCAGCACCGUGUCUGCCUGCAUGCCACCAUGCUUCCUGUCAUGAUGACAAUGGACUAAACCUCUUAACUGUAAGCCAGCUCCAAUUAAAUGUUUUCCUUUAUAAGAGUUGCUGUGGCCAUGAUGUCUCUUCACAGCAGUAAAACCCCUAAGACAUCCUUACAAGACUGGUGGCUUCCUAGAGAUGUUGAUAGCAGGACCAAGAUUCAUACCAACCAUUUUCUCAUGGGAUGUUUCACCUGAACUUGGAAUUGCUUGAGGAUUGGUUAAAUCUCUGUCCUUCAGAUGAAGAGAUGAGCUUGAAGGGCCAUGAAGAGACUGAACAACACAGAGGGCCAUGUGGCCAUAGGCAGCCAGGACCCAAGUUAAGUGCUCUAGAUGACUGCACAGAAAACAUGGCACAGAUCCCAAAAUAAAGGGUAAAAAGUCUAUAGACAUCCACAAUUUAUGUAGGCUCUAGAGAUGAUUCAGUCAAUAAAGUGUUUGCCACAUAAUUAUGAAAACCAGAGUUUGACCUCUACCCCUGGCACUCACGUAAAAAGCCAGGUGUAACCGUGGGCUUGUAACCCAAUAUGAGGGGAGGCAGAAAUAAGAAUCUUCCUGAGUCUUACUGGCCAGCCAGGCUACAAGUGAUCCCUAAGUACCAGUAUCAGACCCUCUCUCAAAACCAAAACAAGGUAGGCAGCUCCUGAGAAAUACUCAAAGUUGACCUCUCUAGGCUCCAUGCAUAUGUGCACACACAAUUUUUUGCUAACUUCAGGGUGUUGUGUGAUACUAGUCCGGGAAGACAGACAUCACCUGUUACACCAUGUCCAUUACGCACCACGAGGAAACAUGAAAGAGAGAUGGGCUCAUGAAACAGCAAAGCCUUUAAUAAAUAUCCACACAAGUGUGGUCGCUGAUCGAUCAGGGCGGCAGGACAAGGACUCUUGUUUCUCCUGGAAGCCCUGGA